UCAUCUCCACUCAAGCUCAAUCAACCAAAACACAAAAUGUUCCGUUUGGUAACCCUCGCCGCCCUCUUGGCCUGCGCUUAUGCCGCCCCCGGCCUCGUCGCCGCCCCAGUGGUGCACGCCGCUCCCGUGGUGCACGCCGCCCCCGUGGCCGUAGCUCACUCUUACGCUAGCCACCACUCUGUUGUCGCUCACCCCGUACCUGUAGUUCACGCCGCCCCUAUUGUUAAAGCCGCCGUACCUGUGGUUCACGCCGCCCCCGUCGUCCACGCCGUCCACGCCGCUCCUUUGGCUGUUGCCCAUCAUGGUAUCCAUCUGCAUUAGGGGCCAAAGCUGUGAUCCCAAAUUUUGUACAAUGUCUAAUUUAUUUUUAUUUAAGGCCUUAAAUCUAAAUAAAAAUUACUAAAUUAA